AUGGACUCCUUCAACGAGUGGAUCGAGCUCGAAAAAAAUGACCUCGACGAACUUGUUACCGCUUAUUCUUUCUCGAACGAUAAUAAUAAUAGUAAUAAUUCCGACGACGAGCGGCUGAAGCGACUAGUGGAAAAGGGGAUCAACCACUUUGAAGAGUACUGCAAAAAGAGAGGCGAAAUAAUAAUGGAUCAGAAUGAUAUUUAUGAUGCAACGUCGUUCAUGUGUCCAGUUUGGGGCAACUCUUUCGGGAACGCCUUUUUGUGGUUUGGCGGGUGCAGGCCUUCUCUCUUCAUUAGACUUGUUUACUCUGUCGGUGGAUCCGAAUUCGACCAACAUCUCAGUGAUCAGUUGCACACCCGGCGGGGCGGUGACGGAAUUAUUACAAGGGGGAACUUGGCCGAUAUUUCCGGUCAACAGCUCCAUAUGGUCAACGCUUUGCAUUGCCGCACUAUGAAGGAGGAACAUAAAAUCUCCUCCAAGAUGGCCACUUUACAGGAGCAAAUAGCGGACAAGCCGCUAGCGGUGAUUGCGAAGAAUGCGGAACCAGUGGGAGAAUGGAGCGAGGAGGUAGAGCGGGCCAUGAAGGCUCAUUCCGUCUCGUUGGGCGGAAUUCUGGCGGAAGCCGACCGCCUGAGGCUGAGCACGUUCAAGGAGCUGAUGGCCAUUCUCACACCACCGCAGGCCGUCGAUCUUCUCAUCGCCACCAAAAAGCUUCAUAUUUCUAUGCGCGAGUGGGGCAAGACUAGGGAUCGCCGCCUGCACCUCCGAACAAUAACAACUCCUACUCCAUGA